AUUUGGAGUAUGGAAUUUUCUAGUUAUUAUUAUAAAUAACCACGUAGCGUGCAGGGCGGGGUGAAUAAUCUAGUGGUAAUAACAUGACUAGGUUUUUCAGUUGUCUUUUUCCUCUUGGUAGCUUAAGAAAAGUUGGUCGCGUUUACUCAGGACCUUGACUUUCUUAUAGUCACGCGUCAACGCGUCGUAACUCGCCACAACCCCCAUUAUCGGUUUCGCGCCAAUAUCAACUUUUAUUUCAUAUGAAUUUUCCACAAACGCAAAUCGAAGACACCCGAAUCAUGUCUUCUUGCGCCUCUUUGAUUUUCCUUUUUCUUUUCUUGUUCCUCAGAGCUUCUGCUCAAGAUCCCACUUACCUGGGAUACAACUGUCCAGACACGGCAACUUAUUCCAGCCGCAGCACCUACUUCACCAAUCUUAGAACCGUCCUGUCUUCUCUCUCUUCCCAAAACGCCUCCUACUCCACAGGGUUCCAAAACGCCACCGCCGGGGAAGACCCGGACAUGGUCAACGGACUUUUCCUUUGCCGGGGAGAUGUCUCGGCGGAAGUUUGCCGUAACUGCGUAGCCUUUGUCGUCAAAGACACCUUAGAUCGGUGUCCCGAGGAGGAAAAUGUCGUGCUCUAUUACGAUCAGUGCAUGGUCAGAUACUCUAACCGAAAUAUUCUCUCGACCGUAAACACCGAGGGAUCUCUAGUGUUAAAGAACACCAAAAAUGUUACAUCUAACCAAAAAGACAGGUUCAGAGAUUUGGUCUUGUCGACGCUGAACCCAGCCGCCGUUGAAGCCGCGAGCAGUUCCAGAAAAUUCGAUGCGAGAAAAGCCAAUUGGACUGCAUCCCAGACUUUGUACGGGUUGGUUCAGUGCACUCCAGAUCUGUCCAGAGAAGACUGUUUGAGUUGCCUGCAACAGAGCAUCAAUCAGUUAUCCAUUGACAGAACUGGAGAAAGAUUUGUUGUGCCUAGCUGUUCCGCAAGAUACGAGCUUUACCUGUUUUACAAUGAAUCAGCCACUAUAAAACCAUCACCACCACCACAGCUGCUUUCUACUCCUCCGCAACCUGAGAAAGGUGGGAGUUCAACUGGGUUAGUGGUAGCCAUUGUUGUGGCUAUUAUGGUGGCUGUUCUGCUUUUCAUAGCUGGUUAUUGUUUCCUUGCAAAGGGGUCAAAUAAGGCUUAUCACAUAUCAUAUGCACUCGAUGGAGAUAAUAUAACAACCGCAGACUCACUACAAAUAGACUAUAGAUCAAUUCAAACUGCAACAGCUGAUUUUUCAGAGAAUAAUAAGAUUGGUCAAGGUGGAUUUGGUGAGGUAUACAAGGGUACACUAUUGGAUGGGACUGAUGUUGCGGUGAAGAAACUGUCAAAGUCAUCAGGACAAGGCGAAGCAGAGUUCAAGAAUGAGGUUGUCCUUGUUGCAAAGCUACAGCACAGGAAUCUGGUUAAACUUCUCGGAUUUUGUCUACAAGGAGAAGAAAGAGUACUAGUCUACGAGUAUGUGCCGAAUAAAAGCCUUGAUUGCGUUCUCUUUGACCCUGAAAAGCAAGUCCAUCUUGAUUGGACUCGACGAUACAAUAUUAUAGGUGGAGUUGCUCGAGGGAUUUUGUAUCUUCAUCAAGAUUCACGACUCAAAAUCAUACACCGUGAUCUCAAAGCAAGUAACAUUCUCUUAGAUACGGAUAUGAAUCCUAAAAUUUCAGAUUUUGGAAUGGCUCGGAUCUUUGGAUUAGAUCAAACCCAACAAAACACAAACAUAAUAGUUGGUACCUGUGGUUACAUGUCUCCCGAGUAUGCAAUGCAUGGUCAAUACUCAAUGAAGUCUGAUGUGUAUAGCUUCGGUGUGUUAGUUCUUGAGAUUCUAAGCGGCAAGAGGAAUAGCAGCUUCUACCCAACCGAUGGGAUACAUAACUUUGUCUCUUACGCGUGGAGGCUUUGGACUAAUGGGACACCUCUUGACCUCCUGGAUCCAGUUAUCGUAGAUAAUUGCCAAAGGAAUGAAGUUGUUCGAUGUAUCCAUAUUAGUCUUUUGUGUAUUCAAGAAGAUCCUGUAGAUCGUCCUACCUUGUCAAACAUUGUUCUGAUGCUCACUAGUAAUACUGUGACAUUGCCCGUGCCUAGGAAACCAAGUAUUUUCUUUCAGAGUAGACCCAGAAAAGACCCACUUGAUUCUGUUGAUGAUGCCUCGAUCACAGAUCUAUAUCCUCGCUGAAGACGAAUGUUUGUUUACCAUCAUGCCUGAAUCCUAAAUCAAUCGUUGUCGUAAAAUAAGUGGAAAAGUUGUCUAUUACUGUAGUUGCUCUCCAUAGCCACAAUUAUACGCACAACUCUAAAUCUACACUAAUUUUGAUUUAUAUAUUUUUUUUAAACUCCCA